GUUUACCUAUCCGAUUACGAGGACCAUCAAGUGCAAAGGGCAGUGGUCGAGUGGAAGUUUUCUACAAAGGACGAUGGGGUACAAUCUGUGAUGGUGGUUGGGAUACAAUGGAUGCUAAGGUUGUAUGUCGUCAACUUGGUUAUUUAUUUGCUAGAGCUCUUCAAGGGUGGGAAGCUCCUGAUGGAACUGGCCAUAUUUGGUUGGAUGGAGUCGGAUGUACUGGACGUGAACAAAAUUUAAUUAGUUGUUCUCACGGAGGAUGGGGAAUUCAUAAUUGCGGGCAUGACCGGGACGCAGGUGUACAAUGUUCUGCACAAG